AUGGCCCAUUCACCAGAGAGCAGUCGUGCUGAGAUUUCCUGUCACUUGUGUCGCAAACGCAAGGUCAAAUGCGACCGCACCUUCCCCCAUUGCCUGGUCUGUGAGCAGAUCGGACAGCCCUGCACUUACCCUCCCGGCCCGCUCAAGCCCGGUCCCAAGCUCGGUUCACUCCACCGCAAGAGACGAGUGCGCAGCAAGGUUAAUGGGGAGGAGUGUCUGACGGGCCAGGGAUGGCUGGCAGCUGUGGCUGCGGGUCGUCAACCUCCUGCAUUAGAUGAUGAAGGGGAGGAAGACGAGGUCGAGCCGGAUGCGCAGGAUGGCGACGAUGCAGCCCCGGCCACCGAGGUCAAAACCGUUGAUCUGGCGUUUAUCUUGCAUCCAUCUCAUGAGCCGUCUCCGCCUAAUAGCGAACCUGGUGCAUCGCCCGUAGCGGUGGUUGAUGACCACUCGGAGGAUAUCUUACGGCAAACGCGUGCUGCCCUGGGGAUGGACCGGGCAGAGAUUGAAAACUUCAUCAACAUAUACUUUGACAACAUGGUGGCAAUCAAUCUGUUCCACGAGCCCAGCUUCUCCGAAAAGCUGGCUGCGAUGAAAUGCCCGACCCAGGCCGCGGCCCUCCUGGCUGCCAUGUUCACCUUCUGCGCGCGCUUUUCCCACCAAGGCGAACCCCAAGAAGAAACCAACUGUCGGGCGACCCAUUAUCUCAACCUCGCCUUGCGACUGAUCGACGAUGCGAUGAAGGAAUGUGGCGAUCGGACCCCGCCGUUGUGUGUGCUCCAGGCGGCCAUUCUGACUGCCUUUUGCCAGCUGACCCAGGGUGUUCUGGGCCGUGCAUGGCGGACCCUUGGGACCUGCGUCCGGCUCGCAUAUGAGAUGAACCUGCAUCUGGUCGAUGCGCAGCACCCGCGAAAUGUCGUGGAUAUAGACCGGUGGUCCGCGGACGAAGAGAAGCGCCGGGCGUGGUGGGCCAUCUGGGAAAUGGACGUCUUUGCCACGGCGAUUCGACGAACCCCGACGGCGGUCGCCUGGUCGCAGAUGGAGGUUCUGCUGCCCGUCCAGGACGAGUACUGGUUUGCGCGGACCCCGCGGUCGAGCUGUUUCUUCCAGCAGGACCCAACCCGUCGGUGGCAGGCUCUCGAAGGCAGUGGGAACGAGUCUGCCAAAGCCUGGUUCAUCGUCAUCAACUCGCUGAUGAAGGAAGCCCAGUGCAUCUCCACCCCUCGCGGGGUUCCGGGCCGGCGGCCCCAGUCGGUGACAGUUGAUGAAGCCCGCCAGCAUCUCGAGGUCAUCGCCAAUGCCGUGCGGUGUUUCCAGCUGGCGCUGCCCAGUCACCUCAAAUACAUGCAGCAACCUCUGGGUUUCGAGGCUCGCAAGCCAGGCGAAGUUACAUCGCAGCGCCAGGCACAUUGUUCCAUCUACAACAUAUACGUAAUGACCCACCUCGCACGGCUCAUGAUCUGCCGAUACGACGUGUUCAAGGGCCGAUUUCGCGUCAAUCUCCCCACCAAUCGUGAUGAUUGCAACGACGACAGCCCCUGCAACGCCAACGAUGGCCAGCACCCAAGGGCAAAUGAGUACUUUGACGCCGCCGGCGACAUAUUGGCCAUCAUCCACCGCAGCAGCGAUGACCACUUUCGCUAUAUCCAUCCAUUCCUUUCCAACGCAAUCUGGCUGGCAUCCGCUGUCAAUCUAAUGCGCAGCCAGCUCUGUUCACCGGCGGGCACGCUGCGGUCGGUUCUUCGCUCGCGAUAUCAGGUCCUGCAUCUGAUGUACAAGAAGUGCGUUAGCUUCUGGGAGAUGAAUACGGCUGUUCAGCAGAGUCUGGAAACACUUGAAGCGCAGGUCGAGGCGUGGCAGCAGCAGCAGCAGCAUGGGAGUAAAACGCCUGGGAGCCUAGAGCGAGGCAAUAGUCGGGCUGAUAAUUCAUCCACACACCUUGGGUCGAGUGCCCAAAGCGACGCACAGGCAGAUGUGGCAGCUAUAUUAGAGCCGUCGACAGCGCAAGAGGACCAUCGUAUGUGUACACCACCACCAUUCCCCACUCCACCACCAUACAGCACCAGACUCCCAACAUCAAACUGGCAGCCGCAGCCGCAAUCACAGGCGCAGAGCUUCCAAGACACAUUUGACGCACCAAUGCUAGACCUCCUCCCACCAAUCGAUACUCAACCAAUGGCCGGUCCGCUACUCUCCUCCGGUACCCUGAUCGACCCCUUGUUCCUCUUCGCCAGCAACCCCCCGCUACAACAGCUCCUCGAUCCCAAUGGGUUUCUGUUGGAUUUGGAGUCGGGGGCAGGGUGGGGGGCUCCACGGCCUGAUUUGCAGGAUAUGUUUUGA